GGGCGGAAGUGUGUGUGGUGUGAGGGCGGAAGUGGCGCUGAGCGCGUCCCGUUGCCGGGGUAACACUGCAGCAGUCGGCAUGUCUCCUACCCGAGCUCCGUACUACACCCCGCGGGAGGUGUCCGUGCACUGCACCCCGUCCGACCUCUGGGUGUCCUACCUGGGCCGGGUGUACGACCUCACCCGACUGGCCGUAGAGCACCGAGGUGACAUUUUAUUGAAGCCAAUCAUCGCGGCUGCGGGGAAGGACAUCAGUCACUGGUUUCAUCCCAAGAAUCGGGACAUUAAGACUUACAUCGAUCCGCAGACCGGCUGCUUGCGAUACUACACACCUCAGGGGCGUUUCAUUCAUGUGCCCCCCUCCUUGCCUGCUUCAGAUUGGAACACUGACUUUGGACGCCCUUGGUGGCGGGACCCUACCUACGAAGUCGGCAACUUGUCUUCCAAAACCAGAAUCAUCCGUAUCAUUAACACCCUAACGUCCCAGGAGCAUACGCUGGAGGUGUGUUCGGAGGAGUCUCUGUGGGAAAUUCUGCACCGUUACCUGCCAUACAACGCUCAUGCAUCCAGCUACACCUGGAAAUAUUGUGGGGUUCCCCUGAACAUGGACCUAACCCUGGAGGAGAAUGGGGUGCGGGAUGAAGAUGAGGAAUUCGAUGAGCUGAAGAUGGACUCAGAUCUGUACACAGCCAGCAUACACCUGUAUUUUAAUGAUGAUCUGACAGAGCUAUAGAGGAAAGAGCCAUCAUACCACGUAGUGCCAGUGUCCUGUAGAAGAGACGCAGCCGACCGUUAUUACCGCGUCUUAGGCCAAAAUUCAUAGUUCUUCAUAUCAAUGUUUUAUAUCCAGGUCAUGUGCAUAGAAGCCAAUCCAGAAGCUGUUCUAGUUAUUACAGCAAGCCAUCCCAAUGUAGAACUCGCAGUGAGCGAGAGCCAAUCAGAGAGCAGGAUAGCCGCCAUUUUGUUGUAGCCUUGUUGUCACAUUCACCCACGUUGCCUGUAAAUCUCACUGUCCUUCUGUGCAGUGUGCCAUCUUGUUACAUGCCAUAUAUGCUGGAUUUUCCAUUAAAUGUACAUUUUAUAAUACUGA